GUGUGUGUGUGUGUGUGUGUGUGUGUGUGUUCUCUGUGUCUGUUUAAGCUUGCCUCUGUAUGCACGAGCUCGUGCUUUUCCAAAUGCUGAUCCUGGCUCUCAUCUGAUUGACAAGGCUUGCACUGGGCAUGACGAUGGCAGACGGAUUCGCUCAUGUUGGGAAGGAAAACUGCAGUGAGCCGGCCAGAAGAGGCCAAGUCUCUGGUCCGUGCUCACAAUUCCAGAGAAGUUUCAUCCAGAGAGUAACACUGCUGGGAAGGCUGCCCACCAGCUUUGUCCUCCAUCGUGAAAAGAAGCAGAAGGUUGCUGCUAUCUUGGGGAUUGACCAAGACACCAUGAAGUCUCUUCCAGAGGGAGACUUACAAGAUUGCCUGCUGAGUAAGGUGGACCUGAGGCGCCAGCAGAUUUCUCAGAGUGUGGAAGAGGUGCAGAAAAUUAUCCACCAUCUGACGGCAGAGAUCAGCCACCAGGAUAGUCGAUUCCAAGCCGUGCCCGCCUCUAACACAUACAACGACAGCAUUAAGGUUUUGGCCCCCAGCCUGUUCCACGUCACAGUCCCACUGAAAGGCCUUGCGGGAUACAAGGCGGCCCGGGCACAGCGCUGGCGCUACUACGACCUGCAGGGCACCAAGCUCACCUGCCCUCUGCGGGAUCCCGAGGGCCUGCAGCAGUGGCUGGAGACCUAGCAGUUCAUGAAGACCCUGUGGCAGUGGCACCAGGCAGACGUGAACAUAGAGGGGGACAUCGUGCCUGCCAAAGUCCUCCAGGUGUUCCGGACGCUGGUAGAAAACGCAGUGAGAACCUGUCACCUCUCAGGCAAGGUCAGCGUGCUAACCAACCGAGCUGCUGUUUGGGUUGCCAUGGAAACGUCCACAGGCCAGGUGGAGCUAGAGCUGGCCCCUACUGUGGAGAUCCCCACGGCCUGGUCUGAGAAAGCCCAGUGGCCUAGGUGUUUGAAGCGGUGGCCUCCCCCAGAGAGAGUGGAGUGCAUCAAGUCAUUUGGGUUCAACCUGGUGGCCCGGUCCAGCUAUCACUGGCAGCUGAGUUUCCCCCAGGCGGAGCAGAUGCUGUUGGAGCAGUUGGAUGAGGAUGGGGGCUGCCGCAAGCGGUGCUUUCAGGUCCUGAGGCAGCUGAAGGAGGAUGUGUGGUGUCCAGGGAAGAGGCCAGUCAUCACCACCCACCACCUGCAGACCGUGCUCUUCUGGACCUGUGAGAAAUACCCAAACCUCAAGGACUGGCAGGUCUUCCACCAAGGGCUCCUGCGCCUGGCCCGGAAGCUGCAUAGAUGUGUGAGCCAGCACUUCCUGAAGCAUUAUUUUGUCCCAAAGAGCAACCUCCUUCAGUCAGCCAACCCGAGUGAGCUGGAUGCUGUGGCCCAGAAAGUGGCCUUCUUCCUAAAGAACCCACAGGUCUCUUUGCCCUGAGGUGGCCCAGGGAGCCCUGGCUUCAUUCCCGCCUGCUGAUUUGGUUCUCAGGGCGGUUCCUCGGCCAGCUGCCAGGACCCUCUGCUAACAGAGAGGCCAUCAAAGCAGACCGGCAGCUCGCGCAUCAGAGGAAAAAGCUCCUACCCCAGGUGCAUGCAAGCAAACAUUUCAUCUUUCCUACCUCCCCCGGGGACAGCUCCCUUCAGCUUUUCCAAGUGGUUGAUUUUCCUUGCUCCGGUUCUUAUUGUCUGACAAGGGGAAUGGAGAUAGGUUCAGGGAAGGCCAGGUAUCAGCCUGCUGCCCGAGAAUAUUCCAGCUGGCUGGACCAGGACCCACACACUGACAGACGGCCCACCCGGUUGCUGGUGUCCCUUCAUGAAUCUCUGUCCUCCGGCUCCAAGCAGGGCCUGCAGCGGUCCAGGCUCUUGAACUUUUCUGCUGUUCCUCUAUCAAUUGUGUGGAGCCGUCCUAAGGGUUAGCGAAAAUCCAAGGGAAGAAAGCAGGUGGGACCCACCUGUCAUGUGAUUCUAGUCAGCCCGCUCUUCUGUGGUCAAGGAACUUGCUUCCACUCCAGGAAUGAGCUCCAUGCUGUGGCCUUGCACGGACCCACCCCCGGGUCACUCACGUCUGGAUGUCUUCCUUAGCUCAGUCCACUGAUUUACUUGUGGAUACGUAAAUACUCGCUGGGUACGGAGAACGCAGGCCAGAACAAGACAGACUCCCUGGAGAAGACAGGAAGUAAACAACACAUUGGUGACCUCUGUCACUACACACAGAAGGAAGUCUGCUAGAACAAGGUCACAGAAAGAUCCUAAGGGAGAACAUGUGGGCAGGCUGGGGUGGGUAGGCAUGGGUCCCUGGCUGUGAAAAGCUGGGGAGUAGUUGGUAUUACUAUGUUCUGGGAUCCAAGGUGCAGCGUUUACCUCCGACAAGCACACUUCAGAUGAUGGCUCUGGUGAUGGCAUCAGGAGGAGACUUCAGAACCCCUGCACCUCCCACUUCUGAAGGUCACUAAGGUCCACAGCAUCACACACCUGCACGCUGGCUGGGGAUUCCAAGUGCUCUUAGAGAGGAUGGCUUCUUUGGGCAUUUUCUUAAUGCCUCUCAGCUCCAGGGAUCUGUCAUGACUUUUGAAACAUUCUCUCCAUAUAGCCUUAGCAAAGUACUCUUUCUAAAAGCAAAAACCACUGGUCUGGAGGACUGAACCGAAGGCCUCUGACAUGCUGAGCAUGGGCCCUGCCAAUGAGCUAGAUUGACUUUAUUUUGAGGCUGGAUCUCACUAAGUUGCCCAGGUUGGCUUUAUUUUUUUAUUAGUUUUUUUUUAUUAGAAUAUAUGAAUUAUCCAUAA